UGCUGUACGAACGGCUGCUGUGUAUCAGCAGAAUGCAGAAAUAUAUACAUGGUUGCCACUGACCGACGGGAAACUGGCAGGUCUUUCCGGCGAGGAGUGAAUGCCAGGACUCAUGGGUUUCGCGAUGGCCACUCGACCCACUCCCAGCAUCACCGCUUCUAAUGACACUCCCUCGUCAUCAUCUUCAUCUUCCCCCUUCUUCAAACCCCCCCUCCUCAAACUCCCUCUUUUUUGGCCUUGGCAAAAGGUGAAAAUGGGUCCGCUCAGUGUAUCUCCGAUGGGGUUUGGGACUUGGGCAUGGGGCAACCAGCUUCUGUGGGGAUACCAACAAGCCAUGGACACUGAGCUUCAACGGGCUUUCAAUUUAGCCGUUGAGAACGGGAUUAAUCUCUUUGACACGGCUGAUUCUUACGGCACCGGCCGCUUGAACGGCCAAAGCGAGAAGCUCCUUGGCAAGUUCAUCCGCGAUUUUCCAGGGCAAAAGGAGAUCAAGAACAACAUUGUGAUUGCUACUAAGUUUGCAGCAUAUCCAUGGCGCCUGACGCCUGGGCAGUUUGUGAAUGCUUGCAAAUCUUCUCUGGAUAGAAUGCAAAUUGAACAAAUUGGAAUAGGGCAAUUGCACUGGUCAACUGCAAACUAUGCUCCUCCACAGGAAUUGGCUCUCUGGGAUGGUUUAGUGGCAAUGUAUGAGAAGGGUUUAGUUCAAGCAGUUGGUGUAAGCAAUUAUGGACCAAAGCAGCUUGUUAAGAUACACGAUUACCUUAAAGUGCGGGGAGUCCCUUUAUGCUCAGCUCAGGUACAAUUUUCACUGCUUAGCAUGGGUGAAGAUCAAAUGGAGAUAAAGAAUAUAUGUGAUUCUUUGGGUAUCCGCUUAAUAUCUUAUAGUCCUCUGGGGCUUGGAAUGCUUACGGGAAAAUAUACACCUUCUAAUCUUCCACAAGGACCUAGGGGCUUACUAUUCAGACAAAUUAUUCCAGGGCUGGAACCUUUGUUGAUGACACUAAGAGAAAUUGCACAGCGAAGACAGAAGACCAUGCCACAGGUGGCUAUAAACUGGUGCAUCUGCAAAGGCACCAUUCCCAUACCCGGAGUUAAGUCGGUAAAACAAGCUGAGGAAAAUCUGGGGGCUCUUGGGUGGCGCCUCAGUUCAGAUGAGUUGCUUCAAUUGGAGGAUGCUGCGCUCGCGUCCCCUAGGAAAAUGAUCCAAAACAUUUUCCAGACUAGGUGAACAUUAAAAUUUGUCCUGUAAACAUCUCUUUUCUGGGGUCAUUCCUUAAAGACGAUGAUGAUGUUUGCAAUUGCACUAAAAAUCCCAAACUGCAGAUGAAGUAGCGUGUGAUACACAAUAGGGAGGAGGAAACUCUUUGUCAAACGCCCUUGUCACCACUACAGCCAAAAACUGGAGCCCAAGAUGACCGACCAGCUAUUAGGGGAUGGGAGCUAGCAAUAGCAUCUAGUAAUUCUUCUCAAUUAAUAUUCUAUCUUUGUGAUCAAGACAACCCUUGAAAUGCCAAUACUAGUUUUUUCUCCUAAAUCCGACAGGUUAUCAAGAUUUUCCAGCGUCCAAACUGACAUUCCAUUUCUG